AUGGUGGGGCGAAUGUCGAAACGAGAUAUUGUUAAUAUUUAUCGAGAUCAAAACAUAAGCAAAUCGACAAUUUAUCGCACAAUCAGAGAAUGUGAAGAAGGGAUACCAUAUGUUAACUUGCGUAAAAGUGGCCGACCGCGGAUUUUGAACCAUAUAAGAGAGGCAAGACUGAUUGAAGCAGCUAAGAACAAAAUUGGGGUCUCACAGCGAAAACUGGCCAGAAGAUUUCAUGUUGGAAAGACUACAGUAUACAGGACCCUAUCGAGUAACAAUAUUAUCUACCGGAAAAGAAGGAAAGCUCCAAAAUACACAGAGGAUCAAAUAGAGAGAAUUCCGAGAUGUUGCCGCGCGUUAAGGCGAGUGCAUUUCGUCAACAAGUUGAUCGUGAUGGACGGUGAAAAAUAUUUUACUUUGUCCAACUCUGAGAUGAAGGGUAACGAUGGGUUUUACAAGAACGAUUACGAAAAUGUACCUGAUGAAAUAAAAUUCAAAAGUAAGAAAAAAUUUGAGGAAAAAAUUUUGGUAUGGUGUGCAAUUUCUGAGGCUGGCUUUAUCUCACAGCCGUACAUUGGUGUUGUUCGAGGCGAAGCCUUAAACGCAAAUAUUUAUAUUCAAAGAUGUCUCUCUAAAUUGCUUCAGUUUGUGAACACACUUCAUGCAAAUGAUCAAAUAGUCUUUUGGCCAGAUCUUGCUUCAUGUCAUUACGCGAGGAUCACAAGGAACUGGUACGAAACUAACAUUACCUUUGUACCGAAAGCAGACAAUCCCCCCAACCUACCUCAAGCUCGUCCAAUUGAAGAGUUCUGGGCAAUAUUAAGUCGGAAAGUCUAUAACAACGGAUGGGAAGCACAAAAUCAGGAACAGUUAAGACGCCGCAUAUAUACAAAAAUUAGAGAAAUUGACGCCGAGGUCGUCCAAAGGAUGAUGCAACGUGUCAGGGGAAUUAUUAGGCAAAUCGAAAAUAAUGGUCCCUAUUUCUGUCAUUUGAAUUUUGAUUUAUAA